AUGAAAGUGCCAAAGAUGAUGCUUGACUACUCGCUGCGGUUUGGUCUCGCUAUUACGUUAUGCUACAUCUACUGGGAUCCGAAAUCGGAUGAGGAGAUCCGAUCUGAUGUGGAAGCAAAGAUUAAGCCGGACCUAGAGGCUCGAAAGAAGAAGCAGGCCAAGUUUGCAGAGUUGUUGCUGCAAAAGAGCGACAAGUCGAGCGAAUCACAGCAGCAGCUGGACCAGAUCACGGCAUUCACCAAGACGAAAGAGCAGCAUUUCGCCGACCAUCGAGCGAGAGACAAGUGA